AUGGACGCCCCUCCUUUAUCUCCAAAUAACGAACAAGGACAGCCGCAUCCUGGAAACAUUAAUUUUUCUCAACAACGUCCAUCAGUUAAUUCACAUUUAAUGUCCCAACUUCAUAUGGGCCCUAUACCAUAUCGUCCACUAUUACCUUCAGGUUGGACUGAACAUCGUGCUCCUAACGGAAUGUUUUAUUAUUACAAUGCGUCAACUGGGCAAAGUACUUGGGAGAGACCUAUCAUGGUACCGCCGCCACCACCACCUCCUUUAGGUCAUCCUUCUAUGAAUGUUGCUUCUCACCCAUUUCAACAGAUGCCAGGAAUGAUCCCAAAUCUUCAACAACAAAAUGUUACAAUAACUCAACAAUCAAAAGAACAACCAAAAGAAAAAAAAAAGGAAAAGGCUAAAGAAAAGAAACCGAUUCCUAAUACGAAGUGGUCCCUCGUUAUGACAACAGAGGGUAAUGAAUUUUAUUUUAAUUCUGAAACAAAAAAAUCAGUAUGGGAAAUACCUGAGGAAAUUUCAGAAUUAGUUAAACAAAUGAAAGAACAGAUGAAAGAACAAGCAACAAAAGAUAAUCAAAAAUCACAUGACAAAGCUGGUAUCAAAAGGAAAGCGGAGGAUGAUGAUGAAUCAAAAGAUAUCGCUUAUCAACUUCAAUUUAUGGAAGAUCAAGAUCAAGAAUUAUUAUCUGAAACAGGUAGCGGAGACUCUCAUGAUCAAUUAAUAAUGAACGAAGAAGGUUUUCAGCAACAAGAUAAAGGCAAAGAAGUAAACUUUUCACUAGAAGAACGUAUUAUUAUGUUCAAAUCACUUCUAAGAGAUGUGGAUGUAUCACCUUAUUCAAUAUGGGAAAAAGAAUUACCACGAAUUAUACAUGAUUCUAGAUAUACAUUAAUCCCAACAUUGAAACAAAAGAAGGAAAUAUACGAUGAAUUUUGCAAAGAGCGUGCUAAAGAAUUGAGAAUUGAAAAAAACAACAAAAUAAAGAAUUUAUCUGCAAAAGACGAAUACUUAAAAUUAUUAGAAGAAGAGACCACUUACCGUUCUCAUUGGGACAGUUUUAAAACAAAUUCCAAACGAGAUCCAAGGUUUAAAAAUUUUGGUGAUGACAAAGAAAAAGAAAAACUCUUUCGUAAAUACGUACGGGACCUAAAAGAAAAAGAGGCCGAACGUAAACGGGAGAAUCAGAAAAAAGCAGAUGAUGAUUUUAGGGAACUAUUAAGUGAAACAAGAGGAAUAAAAUAUGAUUCAAGUUGGCGAAGGGUUAAGAGAAUAAUCGAAAGCGAUCCUAGAUAUGCAGCUGUUCAAUCAGCAACUCAAAGGGAAGAAUUAUUCAGAAAAUAUUGUAAAAAACUUGAGGCCGAAGAUGAGGAAGAAAUGGCAAGAAGAGAACAAGAACGAAAACAAAGAGAGCGUAAAGCAAGAGAAGAGGAAAGUUUAAGAAAUAGAGAAGCUCAAGUGAGAAAUGAAAGAAGAAUUCAGAAUUAUGAUAGGAAUUCGACCAAGAAGAGACUCCUUCGUGAAGAAUCUAUUCGUGAAUUUCAAACUUUAUUGGUUGAUUUAGUUCGAACUCAUGAGAUUACUUGGGAGUCAAAGAAAUCUGAUUUGGCACGUGAUCACCGUUACAACGGAGAAGGUCUAGAAGAUUUUGAUAGAGAACGUUUAUUCAAUGAAUAUAUUGAUAAUAUAUAUAUAAAAUGUGUUAAAGAAUACUAUCAACUUCUUGACAAACAUGUGAAAUUGGAUACUACCUGGCUUGAGAUAUAUCCAAUUGUUAAGGAUGAUCGACGGGCAGUAAAACUUAGCAAGAGUGAAGAUAAAUUAGAAAAAUUAUUUGAUGAUUAUAUGAAAAUGAGAAUAGAGAAAGCUAAAGAAGAAUUUUUACAACUUUUAAAAGAAAAUCAAUUUUUGGAAUAUAGAGCACGUAUGGUUCGAUUAUCAGAAAAUGGAGCAAAAGAUGAAACAGGUGCUGAAAAAGAGAAAGCGCGUGAACUUAAGUUGGAGGAAAUUCACGAUGUUCUCAAAGAUGACACCCGAUUUUUAGCAUUAAAUCAUAUGCCAGAAGAACGUGAUGAAUUCAUCAACGAGUAUUUAAAAAAUACGGAAGCACCAAAACUUACUGUUCAUCAAGGACGUGAAUAA